GACUGCCUUAUUCAGGAGCCAAAUCAAAGUGAAGACCUGUGAGUUAGGGCAGUGUGCCUUGCACUGUGCAGAGAGAUCAAUGGGAAUGUGUGACUGAGCAGGGGGAACAUUACAGAGCUGGAAAUCUCAGGUUAUUUGGACAUUAUCAAGAGUUACUCACUCUGGACAACAACGUGAUUGCAGUGCAGUAUAACUGAAUCAGGCAAAUUCAUUCCACAGUGUGACCCUUAAAGCAUUUACUAAGAUGAAGGAAAAGUUGUUUGCAGUCCUACUGGUUUUGCUCUUGGUUUGUACAUUUACGUCAUCAAAAAAGAACAGAAAGAACAAACAGCAUGUGCCUCACAUUGACUGUGAUAUCAAAGCAGGGAAGAUAGUGAACCCAGAAUUCCUUGCAAAGUGCCCAGCUGGAUGCCAGGAUGGGAAACAUCGUGUAUAUGGCACUGAUAUUUAUGCAUCAUUCUCCAGCAUAUGCACAGCUGCUAUACACAGUGGUGUAAUAGACAAUAAUGGAGGCAAAAUCUUUAUUCGGAAGGUUGCUGGCCAGUCUGGAUACAAAGGAAGCUACUCAAAUGGGAUACGAUCCCUGUCUCUGCCUCGAUGGAAAGAGUCUUUUGUUAUUGCAGGUAAAGGAAAAAAAGGAGUGACUUACCCUUCAGUUCUUGAAUAUGUUGAGGUGAGAGCAGAAACAGUACACAGAGUUAUUCCAAUUCCCUCUGUAACCACAACUUCUGCUACUACUUCUCCUACCACCACAACCACCACAACUCCAGAACCUACAACUACCAGCACCACACCAGAGCCUACAACUACCACUCCAAAGCCAACAACCACCUCUCCCAUAACAACCCGCAUAACAACUACCACCUCGGAUGCAAAAGUGAGACCGCCACUGGUUCGAACAAGGGAUACAGGUUCAACUAACAUCCAUCCUGCAUACAGAUCCAUUGUUGCUGCAGCAUCCAGACAAGUGCAAGCAGCUCAAGGAUCAGGACAAAAUCAAGUUUUCAGAACUCCCUCAACUCCCUCAACUUUCUCAAGCAACCGAAAUGCUCCACGCAUUAAUGCAGGUGCACCACGGCAACAACCUGCAGUCUCCAUACGGAAGCCCAUUGGAAGCCUUCAGCCAUCAUCUGGUUUUGCAGGUUACAGUAGAAUUCAACAAAUUUUAGCAGAAAAGAACAGUGCCCCUCAACAAAGUCCAUCAUUAACAAGACGUGACUGGCAGAAUCCAAGCCAAAGGGUAAAUGUCCAUACAAUCCAGCGCAAGCCAGCAGUACCUGAGAGCAGUAAUAGUGCACCUAAUGUUGGGGCUGUCUGGCCUGUGGAAACUCGGGACACACAAGUGCACAAUUCCAGGUCUAGUGUAUCAGAAAGUGAAAGGGGGAAAUCAGGAUUUUCACAAAGCAAUUCCAGGAACAGUGAAUCAGACACAGUGUUGAAGGCUGUCCAAGAAACAUCAGUACCAAAAUCCAAUGAAGAAGAUUUAUGGAGACAUGGCUUUUCUGAAAUAGCAAUCAAUGCAAGGGAAGAAGUCAUCACAAAGCCACCAGAAACUGUAGCCCUCGGAGGAACAAACUGCAAAAUCGAUCUUGUGUUCCUUAUUGAUGGAAGCUGGAGUAUUGGAAAGAGACGUUUCAAGAUACAAAAGCUUUUCAUUAACCAGAUGGCAGAAGCUCUUGAUAUUGGUCUCUCCGGGCCUCUUAUGGGUGUUGUUCAGUAUGGAGAUGAACCUUCAACAGAAUUUGGUCUUCAGGCACAUUUCAAUGUUGGAGAUCUCAAAAAUGGCAUAGAAAAAAUUCCUCAAAAAGGGGGGCAUUCCAAUGUUGGAAAAGCUCUCUCUUAUGUGAAUAAGAAUUACUUUUCUGAUGCCAGUGGAAAUAGAGGAGUCGCUCCAAAUGUGGCUGUUGUGCUGGUGGAUGGAUGGCCAACAGAUAAAGUUGAAGAAGCUUCCCGUCUUGCUCGCGAGUCUGGAAUAAAUAUUUUCUUUGUCACCAUAGAGGGUGCUGAUGACAAUGAGAGGUCAAGUGUUGUUGAACCAAACUUUGUUGAUAAGGCAGUGUGUAGAACCAAUGGACAUUUUUCCAUCAAUGUGCCAAGCUGGUUUGGACUCCACAAAGUUGUCAGCCCUCUGGUAAAUCGUAUGUGUGAUAUUGACAAACUAGUCUGCAGCAAGACAUGUCUCAAUGCUGCCGACAUUGGUUUUGUUAUUGAUGGCUCCAGUAGUGUUGGAACUGGCAAUUUCCGCACUGUGCUUCAGUUCAUCGCCAAUAUAACCAAUGAGUUUGAGAUUUCUGAUACGGACACAAGGAUAGGAGCAGUGCAAUACACCUAUGAGCAAAGGCUGGAAUUUGGAUUUGAUAAGUAUAGUACAAAGCAAGAUGUGAUUAAUGCCAUCAUGAGAAUAGGCUAUUGGAGCGGAGGAACAAGCACCGGCGCUGCCAUCACCUACGCCUCUGAGCAACUGUUCAGUAAAUCAAAAGCAAACAAGAGGAAGAUAUUAAUUGUCAUUACAGAUGGUCGGUCCUACGAUGAUGUUCGAGUUCCUGCUGCAGCUGCACAUAGGAAUGGGGUAAUUGCCUAUGCUGUUGGGAUUGCCUGGGCAGCCCAUGAUGAGCUGGAAUCCAUUGCAACCGACCCUGACAAGGACCAUUCAUUUUUCGUGGAAGACUUUGACAGCCUCUACAAGUUUGUUGGGAAGAUCAUCCAGAACAUUUGUACAGAAUAUAAUUCUCAACCACGAAACUAAAAUCAAUGCAAUUAUGGACAUGUAACUAAUUCUUGGAUACCAGGUUUUCCUACCAAUAAAUCCCAUUUACACAGUAUUAAGUGCAAAGUAAGAGUCAUGUCUGGAUCUAAGUAUAGGUGCAAUUGUGCCCUGCAGACCAGUAUUUGCUUUUUAACCUGUGUGGUGCAGACUUCCAUGCACCCAAGAAAGCUUACGUAUGUAAUGUGCCUGUAAUGUGCCUACUGCCCACAGGAGGGAAAAAAACUGGAUUUAGGUAUAUUGUGAAUCAUGCAUGCUCUCAAUGAAAUAUUCAGCAGCUCAUAGUGUUAAGUGGAACAUAUUAUGCUACAGUUAUUUAUUCACCAUGAACCAUACAUGCAAUCGCACAUUGGUACUGUAUUGUAUAUCGGUUUCUAUUCUUUUAAGACUUUCCCAUUAUUGAGCUGGGAAUGUGGAAAUGCAGAUCUUAAACAACACUGUUGCAUUUCUAAUGCAACUGUUUAGAUGCAGAAUUAAUAAAACACAGAUGCAGAUAUGUUUCAGCGCCGCUCUGAAAUUAUAUCUAGUUUUGCAUUUCUGUUAAAGAUUGCAGCAACAACUAGCAAUAGGGAUAGCCUGAAACAGCCACUUUGGAACAAUAUACAAGUGUAGAUGCUGAAGAAAGAUUAAUUCGGUCCUGUGUUACUAUAUUAUAUGAAAUCUUAAACAGUUGUUGUUCUACUUCAUAAAAACGUAAAGGGUUUGGAAGUAAGGUUUUAAAGAUUUAUAUAUUUCGUCAAUAACAUUUAUCUAAAGGGAUACUGUCAUGGGAAAAACUUUUUUUUUCAAAAUGAAUCAGUUAAUAGUGCUGC